UCCAGCCGGGACCUGCUGGGCAACCGGACGCUGCUCUUCAUCUUCGUCUGCGCCUUCGCGCUGGUGACCCUCCUGCAGCAGAUCCUCUACGGGAGGAAUUACUUCAGGAGUGGGCUGCAGUUUAGCUGGCAGAGUGGAGAGGAAGUGGCCAAUUGGACCGGCGGUCCCAAUUUCACGGAUGGAGGAGCUCUGAGGACUGGCAGUGGCCCAGGCACAAGGUACUUUGAAUUUUAUGAAGGUCCUUUAGCGUUCAACUCCUCAAAAUGUCUGGAGCUGAGGCGGGACAUCAUUGAGGUGAAGGUACUUUCAAUGGUGAAGCAGACCGAAUUGUUUGAGAGGUGGAAGAAUCUUCAGAUGUGCAAAUGGGAGAUGAAUAUCACAGAAGCCAACUUCUUCAAGUCUACUUUGGCCAGAUGUUGCAAUGCACCAGCUUUCCUCUUCACCACGCAGAAAAACACUCCUUUGGGAACUAAACUGAAAUAUGAGGUGGACACAAGCGGGAUCUUCCACAUCAACCAAGAGAUAUUCAGAAUGUUUCCAAAGGAGAUGCCGUACUAUCGUUCCCAGUUUAAGAAAUGCGCUGUGGUUGGAAACGGAGGGAUUCUGAAGAACAGCCGAUGCGGACGAGAGAUUGACAGUGCAGAUUUUGUCUUUCGAUGCAAUUUGCCUCCCGUAUCUGAGAAGUAUAUCACAGACGUUGGCGUAAAGACCGACAUCGUGACGGUUAAUCCCAGCAUAAUUACUGAAAGGUUCCACAGACUAGAGAAAUGGAGGAAGCCUUUCUUUGACGUCUUGCAAGUUUACGAGAACGCCUCAGUGCUCCUGCCUGCCUUCUACAACACCCGCAAUACGGACGUCUCCAUCCGGGUCCGUUACGUCCUGGAUGACUUUCAGUCCCAGCAGGCCGCCUACUUUUUCCACCCCCAAUAUCUCAUCAACGUCUCGCGCUACUGGCUCAAUCAGGGCGUGCGGGCCAAGCGGAUCAGCACGGGGCUGAUCCUUGUGACGGCGGCCUUGGAACUGUGUGAGGAAGUGCACCUUUUUGGGUUUUGGGCUUUCCCCAUGAACCCCUCAGGGAUCUACAUUACCCAUCACUACUAUGACAAUGUCAAACCUCGGCCAGGAUUCCAUGCUAUGCCUUCAGAAAUCUUCAACUUUCUCCACAUGCACAGCAAAGGCAUACUGCGGGUCCAUACAGAUGCCUGCAGCUGCUGUUGAGAGAGGGUCAGGGAAAAUUUGAUGGCUUUCACGUUGUUUUAAGAAAAAAAGAAAAGAAAAAUGGGAGAAGAUGCAACACCUUGGUCGCCCCAUCCACGUGACUGUUUCUGGGGCAGAAGGAAGGGUCUACGUACCUGAGGUGGCUUUUAGCGCCUUUAAGUAUUUAUGUCUUCUGAAUGUGACCCUGUGGGGAGAUUAUUAAGUGACCACAUUCUGAAAGAAAAUAUUUGUGACUGUGAGAUCUGGACAUUUCGUGUAAGAAGAGUUUUAUUUUAUCUAGAGAUUUAUGCAAUAAUGGUUGAUCAGCCCGUGUUUCUUCAAAGGCUUUGCCUUUCUCGAGAGCUGGCGUUUCCAGCGCUUUCCCUUUGCUAGCCUGCCAUGUAGGCUCUCUCCUCCAGCUUUUAUAUCCUUGACACACCUUGGACUGCAGCGCCCAUCAUCCCCAGCCACUGCGGAUGAUCAGAGCUGUCAUCCAAGAUGUCUCGAGGGCAAAGGGUCGUGGAGGAAGGCUACGGUAGGGUUCAUGUCAUUGGGAGGAUAGAGACUGUAUCCUUUUGCAAGAACCCACGCACUGCCCUAAACCCCAUGAAGAAUCUCAUGAGCCACAUUAAUGUAGAGGUUUUAGACUUGAAAUAGAGCACAACACUGUCAUGAUUCAUUUCUUCCACUCCAAGAAAGCACCAGACCUAAGUAUGCUUAAUGAGGCAGAAGGCCCAGGCUUGCUGUUGUCCAUCCAUGGUAUUAAUAGUCACGUGACUCAUCAGGGGAUGGAUGUGGGGGUGGGGGGGCAUUGGUUUUGCACAUGGUCUCUCCAUCUGCUUCUGUCCUAGGGCCAGAACACAGAAGAUGCGUAGCUUUGCAAUUAGAAGCAGAGCUAGGUUAAGUAGUAAAGGCUGUGUGUUUAUCUUCUAAUAUUUUUCUUCCAGCUUCAGAAUUACAAGUCAGUUUACUUCUGCUUUGGGAUUGGCCAUCUGGAGGAAAAAAGCAC